GUCAGAGAUAUUGAAAUGUUCUAGCCCACUCUCCGCCGUCUCCGAAAACAUUGUUGAACAGAGAGAAUGGCAACCCGUCAUGAUGAGGCCGUAGUUGUCGACAAGCUCGGAUCCGAAGUCAAAACAUCUGCUCACAACGUGCAUGACUCCGGGUCCGAUGCGAUCGAUGUUCCAAUCGCAAAGUCUCCCAAGAAGACAUGGCGUUCAUACUUCUGGGACACUUUCGACAAGACACCCGAAGAACGGCGGUUCCUGUUCAAGCUCGACGCCGUUGUGCUGUCGUUCGCCUGUCUGGGGUACUUCAUCAAAAACCUGGAUCAGGUGAACAUCAAUAGCAGUUUUGUCUCGGGAAUGAAAGAGGACCUGGGACUCUACGGUAACCAGUUGAAUUACAUAACGGCUUGCUGGACCGCAGGUUAUGUCAUUGGAGAGAUUCCCAGCAACAUGCUCCUCACCCGUAUCCGCCCCUCCAUCUGGAUUCCCGCCUGCGAAGUGACCUGGUCCGUCCUAACCAUUCUCCUUGCGAAAUGCACAAACGCAACGCAAAUAUACGUCUUGCGCUUCUUCAUCGGCCUCGCCGAGUCCGCCUUCUAUCCGGGCAUGCAAUACAUCAUCGGAUCCUGGUACCGGCGUGACGAGCUAGCCAAGCGUUCCGUCAUCUUCCACACCAGUGGCAACAUCGGCACCAUGUUCUCGGGGUACCUGAUGGCGGCCGUGUACCGGCUCAGCGACGUGCAAGGGUUCCGGGGGUGGCAGUGGUUGUUUAUUAUCAAUACGGUGAUUUCGCUACCGAUCGCUAUUGCGGGCUUUUUCUUCUUUCCGGAUGUACCUGAGAUCACGAGGGCUUGGUGGUUGACGAAAGAGGAGAUUGAGAUCGCCAAACGGCGGAUGCGGCUUGAGGGCAGAGCGAAUAGGGGAGGUUCUUACACGAAGGCGAAGUUUAGAAAGAUUUUUGGGAGUUGGCAUUUGUAUGCCCUGACGCUGUUGUACAUCUUCUUUAACAACGGGAGCGGGUAUGGGAGUCAGCCUGCGUUUGCGUUGUGGUUAAAGUCUACUGGACACAGUGUUACACAAGUCAACACCUACCCGACUAUCGCAUCCGCCAUCUCGAUUAUUUUCGCCCUCAUCUACGCCUGGACCUCAGACACGCUUUUCAAAGGCGCGCGCUGGCCGCCCAUUGUCUUCUCGGGCGUGGUGCUCAUCAUUUUGAACACGAGCUUGGCUAUUUGGGAUAUCCCCGUUGGGUGGAAGUGGGCUUGCUAUAUCUUAGGUAUGAUAGGUGGCGGCAUCAGCGGCCUUACCUUUGCUUGGGCUCACGAGAUCUGCGGUGAGGAUAAUGAGGAGCGCGCUUUCGUCGUCGGAAGCAUGAAUGAGAUGGCUUACGUUAUGCAAGCUUGGCUUCCGCUAUUGAUUUGGCAGCAGGUUGAGGCGCCGAGGUAUCAGAAGGGGUUUAUUACCAUGGUUUUCUUUGCGGCCGGAAUGGCGUUGACCGCGUUGACAAUCAGGUAUUUGCAUAGGAGGGAGAAGGCGCAGAAGGUGAAAGGGGAGGAGGCUGCUGAGGUGGAGGAGUAGGGAUGUUUGUAGUUUGGAUGCGACCUCCUUGAUGGGGCUGAGGUGUUUGUGUGUGGUUCAAACGUGGUUCAGGUAAGGGGGCGACAGAACAGACGGCUCAUCAAGGAUGGAAUAACAUGGGAUACCCCGCAACUCCUGUAGUACACCGUGCCACCUUCGAGAGUCAUAUAAAUUCGACUGGUCUAUGCCAUAACGCCGUGCAACUACAUGUCCCGUUUUUUAAAGGACGUGAAUCCACCAUGUGCGGUAGAGAUACAACAUAGGGUCACAAACAUGGCAU